UAUGAGGGCGGGCAUGAUCCCUGGACUGCGUUACAGGGAAUCGGAUGUGUUAGGUAGCGCACGCAAACAAAAAGCCAAACCCAUCUUUACAAUGAACCCAAUUCAAGUGACCACUGAGGGCCGGCGCCAGAGAAACUCCGACCGAAACUCACCAAGGACAUGCUCAGUCUGUUUGUUGCUAUGAGGGUAGAACUGUGAUUUUGAAGAGUUAGAGGAAGGUUUUUAAUGGGGGCGAUAUUGAGUAAUUCGAGGACUAGGGAGAGUGGACCUCAUGAGGUUUCGCAGAGUGAGAAACGGAAGAAGCAGAGGUUGUCUUCAUGUCUUUAUGAGGAAAACCUGAGAUUGAUUCCCAGUCUUCCGGACGAGAUAUCUAUUCAGAUUAUUGCCAGGAUACCUAGGAUCCACUAUUUGAAGUUGAAGAUGGUGUCACGUACCUGGAAAACCACCAUUAUGACUUCUGAGCUGUUCAAUUUGAGGAAAGAGCUGGGAACAACAGAGGAAUGGCUCUAUGUAUUAACAAAGGUUGACAGCGAUAAGCUCAUAUGGCAUGCUCUGGACCCUCUGGCCGGAAAAUGGCAAAAGUUGCCACCAAUGCCUAGUGUUUGUCCUGAAGAUGAAUCUAGGAGGGCUUUAGCUGCACGUAGAAUGUGGAAAAUGGUAGGUUCAAGUAUCAGACUUGCAGAUGUUAUCAUGGGCUGGCUUGGGAGGAAGGAUGCACUGGAUCGAAUGCCUUUUUGUGGUUGUGCCGUUGGUGCUGUUGAUGGUUGCCUCUACGUCCUAGGUGGAUUUUCAAGGGCUACAGCCCUAUCAUGUGCCUGGCAUUAUAAUCCAGUCAUCAACUCUUGGAGUGAAUCAACUCCAAUGUCAAUGGGUAGGGCAUAUUGUAAGACAGGCAUUUUAAACAAUAAGCUUUAUGUGGUUGGAGGGGUUACUAGAGGACGUGGUGGAUUGGCCCCUCUCCAAUCAGCUGAAGUAUUUGAUCCAAAAACAGGUCUAUGGUCCCAACUGCCAAGUAUGCCCUUUACCAAAGCUCAGGUUUUACCAACUGCAUUUUUAGCUGAUCUGCUCAAGCCUAUUGCUACCGGGAUGACUUCAUACAAGGGGAGGUUGUUUGUUCCACAAAGUUUAUACUGCUGGCCCUUUUUUGUUGAUGUUGGAGGUGAGGUGUAUGAUCCAGAUGUGAAUUCAUGGGGUGAAAUGCCAACUGGAAUGGGCGAAGGUUGGCCUGCAAGGCAAGCAGGGACGAAAAUGAGUGUCACUGUUGAUGGUGAACUGUAUGCACUGGAUCCUUCUGGUUCUCUUGAUAGUGCCAAAAUCAAGUUAUACGAUUACCAAGAUGAUGCUUGGAAAACUGUUGCAGAAGAUGUUCCAAUACGGGACUUCACUGAAUCAGAGUCUCCUUAUUUACUUGCCGGUUUCCUUGGGAAGCUUCAUGUGAUCACAAAGGAUGUGAAUAAUAAUGUUGCAGUUCUGCAGGCAUAUGUGCCGAACCGUCUUGCCUCCAUCUCAGUAACUUCAUCCUCAUCCUCAUCACUAGACAGUACAUCUGAAAUUUCUGAACGACCAGCAGAAUCAGACGUAGAUCUUUGGAAGGUAAUUGCCACGAGGAGUGCACGGACUGCUGAACUGGUUAGCUGUCUUGUCCUUGAUAUGUGAAGAUUUUCACGUAAAAUAUAGCGUACAGAUCCAACUUUUGGUUGGUUGGUUGGUGUGUUUGCUUUUUGGUACCUUAUAUCAUUAGCUGUGCAUUGUGAUAGCCAAUUACUGUAUCUAAUUACCUGCUUUUGUGAUUGAGGAGAAGCAAAAUCAUAACAGAUAUAUUAUGAGACUAGUUAUAUAUUCUCCCUCUCCAAAACCAUACUGUUCAGGAUAUAUUUUUAGAGUAAGCUGUAAGCUCAAGCUACUAGCUGGGUAGUGUAUCGUUCUUUUUUCACGUCUCCUUUUCAAAUAUGUAGUUUUGUGAUUUCCCCAUGUCUGUAGGUAACUCGAUUAUUCAUGGCUUACAUAAAUACGUAUUAUAUCUUUUACA